AACCUGUUCCUCGCACAGCAGCCAGUUAACCCUUCCGGGGUGUCUGUCCGGGUGUGAGGCGCGUUGCUAUGCAGGGGGUGUAACAGCAGCGGCGGCGGCAGAGCAGGGAACAGUUGAGAGGCCAUGUGGCGAUGAACAGCUGAGGCAGCUUUUGGCUCGCCAGGAAUGCGAUAGAUGACCUGACAGCAGGACUUUUAUGGAAACUCAGCCUGUGAGCAACUCCAGUCUGAUGAGAGCAACAGUAGCAGCAGCGGCAGUACACACAGGGAGAACAGGCUCAGCUGCACAGACAUCCACUCACACAGCCGGGGAUAAGGGGGGCCACUCAGCCGGGAUUACUGAGCCACUCGAUACCGGACAGGACUCUGCCAGCGCAGAGCGAGGUCAAGUACUAAAGAAAUAAAUAUUUACAGCACAAAGAAAGGGAAGGGAUAAUAAUCAUGAAUGACGUGGCUCAAAAGACAGAGAUUCUGCUUUCCACAUCUAAGCCUAUCCAAAAAACCUACGUACCUAAACUUGGCAAGGGGGAUGUAAAGAAUAAAUUUGAAGCCAUGAAUAAAGCAAGGGAGGAGAGGAGUCAGAGAAGAUCCACAGAAGAAAGACAACGAAGAAAGGAGCAAUAUACCAGGGAGAAGAUUUGGAGCAAAAGAAAGCAAGAGAUGAAAGAACUGCUUGCUUCUGAUGAUGAAGAGGAAAAUAAGCCAAUACAAAUAGAAAAGGGUUAUGUCCCAAAACUAACAGGAACAGUAAAAGGAAAAUUUGCUGAAAUGGAAAAACAGAGACAUGAAGAAGAAAGAAAAAGACGGGAGGAGGAAAGGAAAAGGAGACUGGAGCAGGAUCAGAAGGAAAGACGUAAGAUAGAACGUGAGCUGGCAAAGAAAGCAGAAGAGAUUGAUGACAUAAACUUUACUGGAAGUGACUCGGACAUGGAGGAAGGUGUUGAGGAAGUAGCUGUACCAGACAUAACAAAUAAGUCAAAAAUAUCACCAGGGAAAAUAAAUGUCAAUUUUGAAGAUCUAGAAAAGAAAAGGGAAGAAGAAGAAAAGAAAAACCGCGAAGAAGACAAAAAAAGACGAUAUGAAGAGCAUAGAAGGUCAUUCAGGGAAGCUAAGAGGCGUCCCUCAACUAUGGAUGACUCUGAAACUCAAGAUAAGAAAACCAAAGAGCACAUAACACCUGGCAAGCUAAAAUUAACUUUUGAAGAGCUGGAAAAGCAAAGACAAGAGCAGCAGAAAAAGCAAGCCGAAGAAGAAUCACGCCUCCGUUUAGAAGAAGAAAGGCGUCAAUUUGAAAAAGCAAAACAACAUAUGGUUAAUGAGGAGGAAUGUGAUAAUGAAAUGAGAGCUCAUAGAGAAGAAACCCGUCCAGGAAAAUUAAAAUUGAGCUUUGAAGAACUGGAAAAGCAGAGGAGGGAUGAGGAAAAAAGAAAAGCGGAGGAAGAGGCAAGAAGGAAGAUAGAAGAAGAAAAAAGGGAAUUUGCUGAAGCAAGAAGGAAUAUGGCUAUGCAGGAUGAUGAAGAAGAGUCAUUAGCGGAAACAACAAAAGAAAACUUUCAACCUGGAAAACUGAAACUAAGUUUUGAAGAACUGGAAAAGCAGCGCCGAGAUGCUGAGCACAGAAGAGCUGAGGAAGACGCCAGGAAGCGUUUGGAGGAGGAAAAGAAACAGUUUGCAGAGGCUAGAAAAAACAUGGAGCCUGACGAGGAAAACAUCAAUCUGUGUAAAACAUUUUCUCAAGAGUCUAUAGCUCCAGGUAAACUGGAAAUUAAUUUUGAGGAGCUUCUUAAGUAUAAAAUAGAUGAAGAGAAAAGACUAAAGGAGGAAGAACGCAAACAAAAACUGGAAGAAGAAAAACAAAUAUUUGCACAAUUAAGAGAAGAAAUAGGGAAGGAUGAAGUAAAUGAAAGUUCUGGGGCUUUAAGUAAGGAAUAUGAGGAACUAAUAAAGCUGAAAAGGACUGGUUCUAUCCAGGCUAAAAACCUGAAAAGCAAAUUCGAAAAGAUAGGAAAAUUAACCGAUGAAGAAAUACAAAGGAAGAUUGAUGAGGAAAGGUCUAAGAGAAAAGCCAUGGACCAGGAGCUGAAAGAGAGAGAAGCAGAGCAUUUUCAUGAGGAUGAAGAUGUUGAUGUCAGACCAACUAUCAAGAGUCGUGCACCAUUUUCCCACAAAGUUAACAUGAAGGCUAGAUUUGAACAAAUGGCAAGAGCCAGAGAGGAAGAAGAGCUAAGGAGAAUUGAAGAACAAAAACGUCAGCGGAUGCAGUUUGAACAGAAAGAGAUUGAUGCAGCCUUACAAAAGACAAAAGAAGAAGAGGAGGAGGAAGUAAGUGCCAAUGGAUCACAAAAUGAAGAUGAAGAGCUUGCUCGGUCUGGGGCACCCUGGUUUAAGAAACCACUUAAAAAUAUGUCAGUUGUUGAUGGAGAACCAGUAAGGUUUACUGUUAAGGUCACUGGUGAGCCAAAAGCCACAGUUACAUGGUGGUUUGAAGGUGAAAUGCUACAGGACUGUGAAGACUAUCAAUAUAUUGAAAGAGGAGAAACCUACUGUCUUUAUCUUCCUGAGACAUUUCCAGAGGAUGAUGGGGAAUACAUGUGUAAAGCAGUAAACAGCAGAGGGACAGCAGCUAGCAGCUGUAUUCUCAGCGUUGAAACUGAUGACUAUUAAUCUCCUGCUUUACUGGAGUCUCCUUUUUUGACUCAUUGCAUCCAUCUUUUCUUCAUUGGGGGCCAAGUAACACAAGAACACUUGCUACAUUAAUGUGCCAUUCCUGAAAGACACAAGGGCGAGGCUUUGAAUGCAUGUUUGACAGGUGGAAGUGCUGAACAGAAUGACGAAUUUAAGUAGCUUUGUAUUAAAGUUAUUUCACAACAGAACUAUUUUAUAAAUAUUGUUCCGAAAUGAGGAAACUGAAAAUACGACUUAAUUUAUCUUUUCUGAAGUUGAAUUUGAUGCAUUUUCAAGCAACAGCUGUUAUCUUAGAGAACUUUUCCAAUAAACUUUUGUUGUAUCUUAAAUUUUUGUAUUUCAUACAGGGGAAGGGGAAAACAAAAAAAAGAUGUAAUUUAAAUAUUACAAAUAAAGUCACAGACACAAACAAACAGAGCUUACACCAGAAUUCACAGUUCAAUAGUUUAUUUUCAAACAUCCAAUAAGUAAAAACACAGAGAAUACAAUUGCAAAGAUACUUGGAACUCUGGAAUCAAUAGAGAAUUUGCAAUAAAAGUGUGUGUAUAUAUAUUUUAA